UAGUAUUGAUGAUAUCACGUUAAGACUUGAUAUACCGCCACUGAUCUGAUGCAAAUCGUGUUCGCCAAGGACCACGGUCUUGUUUCAAGCCGAUCUAAUCGCACGGGCUCUAUCUCUCAAUAUCUCGGGUUUCGCAAAUCCAACCAUUACUCCCAGGACCCGAAUGUGCAACUACUGUACAAAGGUCAUACGCUCCGGCUUGUCGUCGGCCAUCCUGGAUCCAACACCGCUCGGAGCAUCUUCUCCUCUGCCAAGCGCUCGAUGAGACCAUGGAACGGCAUAGAACUUACUGGCCAUAGCAUCCUCGGCCGCAAGCUCACGCCGUCCGUAUCUCGCAUUAACAUGGGCCGAACUCAAGUUAUGAAGACUCAGCAAAGCGGCUUCUUCGGACAUGCCCGGCAAACGAGCCACUGGCGAGCAAGAAUAGACCCUCGUAAAACCCGCUGGUGUAUCCGAUCUUGCGGGUCUUGGUGUUGGUGCCUACCGGCCGAGACCAUAUCCUGCAAGUCUAUCCGUAAUUCCUUGAUCGGCACUGGCAAACUUCCCUACUCAACGUCUUUAGCGCUGGGGGCUAUCGUCUUCUGGAACGCAGGGUUGGAACGAUCCGGUUUGGCUUGCAUGACAUGUGCACUGUCGCUGACCAGACCGUGCUGCUAGCGGCUUUACCCUCAGAGGAUGCCCCUGAGUAGGGUCUCAGCAAAAAGCCAAACUUGACGUUUUCAGCACCUAACCGAAUCUGUCAGCCCGGCGGGCCACAGGCGGAGCAUUAUCCAUAUACAAAACACCAGAACCCUAGCCUCCCCGCUCCGGUCAUCUACAGACGCUCCUCAGAGCCA